CUCUCUGUGCAACACGAAAAUCGAUCAAGGGUCGGAGGAUUUUUUCUUCCUUGCCUCGCCUCACCGUCCUUCAAUGGAACAGUUCUCAACCUCCGAUCGGUGCUAGCGAUUCUGCCUCGAGGGUUUCCGGUUCCAGCUCUGCGUCUAUGAACCCGCAGCCCCUGCCGGAGCGCGCGGUUGAGGAGCACGCGCGAGAGCCGGCGUGUGUCGACGAUGAGGACGGCGAGUACGGAGGUGGCGAUGAUGAGAUGGAAGAGAUGGAGGAGACAAGCGGCGGUCCCGUGAAUUCCGUGAGCAAUCACAGCAACAAUACAGGAGCAGCAGCAGCAGCGGCAGGAGGAGGGGUUGUGGCGGCUUCGAGGACGAGUGAACUCACGCUCUCAUUUGAAGGCGAAGUCUAUGUCUUCCCAGCCGUUACGCCUGAGAAGGUACAAGCUGUGCUCUUGCUUCUAGGCGGUUGUGAUGUACCAAUCAUUGUGCCCACAGUUGAAGCACCUUACGUGCAAAUUGACAAGAGUAUGGCUGACACACCUAAGCGCUCGAACCUCUCGAGAAGGAUAGCUUCACUGGUUAGGUUUCGGGAAAAGCGCAAGGAGAGAUGUUUUGAUAAGAAGAUUAGAUACACUGUGAGGAAAGAGGUUGCCCAAAGGAUGCAUCGGAAGAAUGGACAAUUUGCAUCACUGAAAGAAGGUGCUUCCAGUUGGGAUUCUGCACAAAGUUGUCCCCAAGAUGGUACCCUUCAUGCAGACACUGCCUUGCGAAGAUGUCAGCAUUGUGGUGUUAGUGAAAAUGCCACUCCUGCAAUGCGCCGGGGGCCAGCUGGACCAAGGACAUUAUGUAAUGCAUGUGGAUUAAUGUGGGCAAAUAAGGUAUGCCUUCCCCACCCCCCCAACUAUAAGAAGGGAACAUUACGGGAUCUCAGUAAGGGAGGAAGGAAUCUUCCUGUAGAUCAAAUCGAACCUGGAACACCAAUUGACAUAAAACCUUCAAUAACUGAGGAGCAAAAUUUCCACAGUAACCUGGAUGAAGAUGGAAAAUCUGGAGAGAUCCAUAAUGUUGAUAGUGAUAGAUCUGUUAACCCUUCUGGGAAUCCUGGUGCUGAGGACUUCCAUGAAGCUACUGAAGAUAUGACACAUACUUUGGCUAUGGAAAUGAUCAAUUCUUCGGCAGAGGAUGAGGACCAGGUAUCAGGCCAGAAUAUUCACAACUAUCAAGAUCAUGUAGAGUGCGUUUGGAUUUAGAGGAACUCUAGCUGAGCUUGCCGAUCCAUCAGAUACUGACAUUGAUAGUCCCUCUAAUUUCAAUUAGGAGAAGGUAAGUUCAUGGCCAGACAUCUUUGAGGAAGCCUUUUCAAAGUCAUACGAGCGAGGUAACUCUUCAUGCCACUCCACAGGUAAAAGUCAUCCGAGUUGAGAGAUGCAGUUCGAGGAUGCCAGGUUGUAAAUGAUAAGAACCGCCCAUGACAUGAAUUUUAUUAAGAUGGUAGAUGUUGUAAGUCUGCUUGGUAGGUUACACGAUUGUAAAAUAUCCGUCUUGCGACCACAGUGGCAAUUGGGUACUGUUACCAAUUAAUAAAAUGCUAAUGGCUGAGAGUAGUGGUUGGUUGUUGAUAUCAAUUGCAGUGUGCCUGAGCUUCUGUAUAUUCUGUACCUUGAAAGGGAUGAUAUAGCUCAUGUGCUGCAAUACGAUGAACUCGAAAAAGAUACGAGACUUUCUUGAA